GCCACCGAGGCGCCCGGCCGAGCGAACCCCCGCCCAUCACAUCCGCGCCCGCCGCGCCCCGCCGCCCGCCCCAACUCUCCGGAGCCGGGAGGCGGGAAAGCAGCGCAGGCCGCGCCCACCGCCCUGCCCCCCGCCCGCCACUCCCAGCUCCUCGGGACUCCGCACGUCCUCCUGGGAUCUGCGCGGAGGGAACCGGCUGUGCAGACGCCAUGGAGGUGGUGCUGAUCUUUCUCUGCAGCCUGCUGGCUCCCACAGUCCUGGCCAGUGCAGCUGAACAGGAGAAAGAAAAGGACCCUUUUCAUUAUGACUACCAGACCCUGAGGAUUGGGGGAUUGGUGUUUGCUGUGGUUCUCUUCUCGGUUGGGAUCCUUCUUAUCCUAAGUCGCAGGUGCAAGUGCAGUUUCAAUCAGAAGCCCCGGGCUCCAGGAGACGAGGAAGCCCAGGUGGAGAACCUCAUCACCGCCAAUGCGGAGCCCCAGAAAGCAGAGAACUGAGGAGUAGCCUCCAGUGGGAAGCCUCCACAACCUGAAGGCAGCUGCUCCAACCUUCAGAGGCGGAUGUCGAUGCUUCAGAAAGCCGGCCACUUCAACAACAGAUCCUUCCCCAGGAGAAGCCAAGAACUCGCGUGCCCCUCGCACCCUUCCUGUGCCCGCUAACCCUGGUCCUCUACAUCAUCAUGCAACUAACCCUGGCUUCCCCACCCGCAGCCUGUGGUCCCACCUAGUGUGUGUGUGCACCCGCGCAUUUGUUGACUUGGUCGUCGUGGCUACUUGUUGGUGGCUGGUAUUGUGUUCGUGAACUGUAGACUCGCUUUCCUGGGCAGGGGCUGAGCCUCGUUGCCAUCGGUUCCUGCCUGCCUCCCUGUGGCUCUCCAUCCUCUCCUGCUCUCUGGAGUCUGCUUUUGCCCUGAGAGCCCCACCCCUUCUCUUGAUUUAGGGAUGAGGGUCAAGUAGGUGCCCAGGCAGGAGUCCCCAGCUCCCAGCUAUCUUGGGCUGGGGAAAUGUUCUAUCCUUGCUCCUGACAGACUCUCAGUCCUUUCAUAAGAUCCUCACUCCCCUGUUCCACCCUGACCCAAGUCUGCCUGGAGGGUCUCUUAGCAGUUGGAGAUGGGAAGAAGUUGCUGGGGAGCCCAGCAUUGCUGUCAGGCAGGCUCUGCCCUUCCAUGGCCACUUUCCUCUUGGAUCCUCCACUGUGGAACCCCCAUCUGCCCUGCCCCUUUGCAGAGCACCCAGGGAUUCCAGGCCCAGGGCUUCUACUCUACCCCUGGGGAACGUGCCCCUUGCAUAUCUUCUCAGCAAUAACCCCAGGGGCUCUGGAACCCUCCCACCCUCUCCCACCUAACCUGCUUCUGAGAUUUCAGUCUGGGCUCAGACUCCCAUGCUGAAGUUGGGUCACUGGCAGGCGACAGCUGAGGGAUUCCCGUUCUGCUGGGGUCAGCUUGUGGAGAUGGGAUGGGCAGUGGGGAGAGCGGGUGGUCUUUGCUUCUCUGCCCAGGUCCCCUCGGUUGGGCAGCAGGGACAGCUUCUGCGUCAUUUCUCUGCCUGUUGAUCGGAACAUGAGUGUUGGAGUGAUGCGUGAGACCACAGCUCUGUUGCAGGUUGGAGACCCAUCAGGGCACCCUGAAGCCCUGCUGGAGGGCGAUGGCAAGAAGUUGAAGGUCAUAAGAAUGGAAACUCAGCCUGACCCGCCCCACCCGUCCAUUGCGUUUGUGGAAACUAACCAAACCGUGAUGCGUGACCAGGACUGCUGUUCUCUGUCUUGUGAUCUAUCCUCCCAACAGAAAGAAAUAAAUAAGACAUCAUUGUUUCCUAGUG